ACCUCCAAAUUGAUAUUAAUCGCACAAUUUUAGCAAGGGAGUGAACUUGCAGUGCAUAACAAGUAUUACGGAUAAAGUGGGGAGAUCGACGUAGCCGUAGUUUUUCUUAAAAGACGUCAUUUCCUGAAUUUUGUUACCGGUGGGAACAGACUCUAACAUCAGCUGACGAGUCAACGGGAAGGGAAGAGGAGAACAUCAUCGUCAGGCGCCGCUGAAAGAAAUGGAAAAUAAGCCCUGAUUUUCACGUGUGUGUAGGAGGUUUUCGUCGGAGUAUGCAGUGAUUGAUGUCUGCGCCAGCUCCUGGUGCCCUCGGGUCUGACUCUGUCCCCGUGCCUCCCCCAAACCCCCCUGUCACAUCUAGCCCCCGGAUCCCUGAAACCUCAUCAGCGGUCUCGGCAGGAUCCUCAGUUGCCACACCAAGUGCCAUAAGAAGUCGGCUGCCAACAAGUGAGGAACAGGCACACCAACCACGCCCAGCAAAUCCCAAGAUGUCGAAGGCACUCAGUACAAGUGCCAAAAGGUAUGAUGUUAUUCUCAAGUCAGCUGGGCGUGAUGUCACCGCGGUUACGAUACAGAAGGAGUUGGCCGAAAUCACUCUGGAUCCUCCUCCCAACUGCAGUGCUGGACCAAAGGGUGACAACCUUUAUGAAUGGGUGUCAACAAUAUUGGGACCUCCUGGCUCUGUGUAUGAGGGAGGUGUUUUCUUUUUAGAUAUUCACUUCUCACCUGAAUAUCCAUUUAAACCUCCUAAGGUAACUUUCCGCACACGUAUCUACCACUGUAACAUCAAUUCACAAGGAGUGAUAUGUCUUGAUAUUUUGAAGGAUAAUUGGUCACCUGCUCUUACCAUUUCCAAGGUCCUGUUGUCCAUUUGCUCGCUGCUCACUGAUUGCAACCCAGCUGAUCCUCUGGUCGGGAGCAUUGCAACUCAGUACCUCCAGAACAGGGAAGAACAUGAUAGGAUUGCCCGUCUCUGGACAAAACGCUACGCUACGUGAUCACAUCCUUGUCAUCAUCAACAGGGUAUCAGGCGUCUCCUGCAUCAUGCCAUCGCAGUUAUUUGAAUUAAACGUUUGCCCCCCU